AAAAAAAUAUGACCAUGAUAUAAAAAGUAAAAAGAAAUCAAAGAACUAUGAUGAUGAUAUCAGCGAAUUCCCGGACAGGAAAGACAACUUUCCAUCUUCAGCGGGAUAUAAUCGUCCAAAGUCUGAACAUGAUACAAGAAGUAAGAAAUCAAAGAAAUCAGAUACGACCGUAAGCCACGACUACGAUGUUGAUUAUGAUGAUGAUGUCGACGAAUUCCCGAACAAAAAAGAUGACUUUCCAUCUCCAACGGGAAAAAAUAAUAAGAAAGAAAAGUUUGAUUCUCACCAUAGAGGAAAAAGUGAUGAAAUCACCCAUCGUCCAAAAAAUCAAGAUAGUCAAAGUCAGUCUUUGGGUGAUUUAUCAGAUGAAGAAGCUGAAAACCCAAUUUCAAAGUCUCGUAGUACUGUGAGAAAACAAGAAAGUGACAAUGACGACAACGUUGAUUACAGUAGUAAUGAAGAAGGUAACAUUUCAUCUGCAAGGCGUAUCAAUAAAAAACAGGUAGAAUCUCCAUAUACAAAAAAUAAAAAUAAUCAAAAUCUGAAAAAAUUGGAUAGUGAGAGUGACUCUCAGGAUGAGAAUGAUGAUUAUGAGGGAGAUUACUCUCCAUCUUCAAGCCAUUCCAAUAAAAAAGAUGCCGAGUCUUAUUUUGAGGAACAUUCAAAAAA